AUGGGAGGCGAUGUCUAUUCUCUAGACAGGGCCAUGAAGAGUAAGAAGAAGAGGGGAGUUUCACAGGACGUAAUUGAGGAGGCCGAGAGGGUUGAGGAUCAGAAUUAUGAAAGAGCCAAGGGAGUAAGGAUGCAACUUGAUGAGACUGCCCUCAAACAAAAAGCAACGACUGAGGAGCUUAUGAGGCAAGGGGAGACUCUGGAGAAUGCAAGGAAGGCGGCGAUUGGGAUAAACACGAAUGCCAGGAGAGGAUCAGAUAUUACAGAGGACAUUGAGAGGGAGGGGAGAGUGUUCAGCUGCGAGCUCCCGUGUGUACGUGCGAUAAAGAGAUGGUUCCGGGGAGACAGGGGAAAUAUUGAUGACAUUGUGAGUAAGAAGCAGGAGGAAGAGGGAGAAAGAGAGUAUGUUCCUGAGCAUGUGGAGUUUGAGGAAGGGGAAGAAUACAUCAAGGGGCAGAACAAGACCGAUAGAGAGAUGGUGGGGGUGUUAAACACUGUGAGGCAGAUACGAGCAGAGGCAGAUAAACAGAACAAAGAGGCAGUCAGACAUAAGAGCAUUGUGAACGAUAUAUCUAUGAUUAACGAAAGGUCCUCCAAGGUGAUCAAAGAAACUGACCAAGAGCUAAAGAAAGUGGAAUGA